AUGGCUCGGUGGUUAGAGCGAGAGUUUACUGGUCGGAAGGUCCGUGGUUCGAGCCCGACCGCUGCCACUCGACCUCCCCUGCCUAGGAUUGGACAAACUGACAGUAUCUCAGCCCUUGUGCUUCCUUCGGGUGACAUGACAGGUAGGCACCAAAAGCGUGCCACAGCUGAACAAUUUUUUCGGUGUGCUUCCGCUACAGAGAUAUUAGGUAACCUUACCUGCUGCACUAGCAGAGUACUUACAAAUUCAAAGAAUUUCGCAAAUAUUAAGGUCCGUUGUUUUUGUGAUCUAGACCGUAACAUGACUUUAUGGGGGACAAGCUAUUCGAAAGCAAUCACAAAGUAUCAAACUUUUGGCUGCUCUCAGAAUCAUCAUAUCUUUAUCUCGUUGCCAUGUCACCAGAAGGAAGAACUAGGGCAGGGAUACUCCCAGGUUGCCCAAGCCUGGACAGGAGAAGUCGAUAUGCGGUGCUCGCGUUCGAAACACGAACCUUCCGGUCAGCAAAUUCCCGGUCUAACCAUUGGGCAAUCCUGCUCCCCUAAAACAUGA